AAAGUUGAAAAAAUCAUUCUAUUUAGCGAAUUAUAGAUUUAUAUCAGAAAAUUCUUAUUUUAUAUUAAAUGUAUAUUAUGCUUAUGUUAGAAUUUUUUCUAUCAUUGCAACGGAUCUUGCAUCAAUUUUCUCAUCUCCAGGAAAGAAAACCGAUAAAAUAUAAAGACUUUGCAAGAUCCUUUGCGCUCUCAACAGCUUUUAAUCGUAUAUAAUUCUUGCAGGGAGCCUCGUAUACGUCGGACAAAUUCUAUUGUCGCGCGCUGCAUCAACCCUCAUCCCUCAUCCCCUUCUUGCACAAAGCGAAAAGCAGCUUCGAGACGUCGCCGUUGCGCGUCGUAGCACGGAUCCGAGACUCCAUCGCUGCAUUGCAGCAUCGACCGGUCCUUUUUUUUCACCCCCCGACCUCGACAACAUCCCCGUAUUACCUUCGAUGGCGGCACACCUGCCCCUUUCGACGCACCCUCUCUCGCACGUCUUCUUCACCGACGGUGGUGGCGGAGGCUUCGAUCGACAUCCCCGAACAGUUUUUCGCAGGACGCUUGUUGCUUCUGUACACAAGCUGCGAACGUGAACUCGCCCUGUCGCGUUUAAUCGCCUCGAUGGGAUCGAUUCCUUGUUCAUCGCAGUGAAUAAAUUGUGUCGAAAGUGCCCAUCCCGAUACGAUAAUCCCCGUAAUAAACCGAUCGCUAAUUAUGCAAGCUAGAUCAUAGAAUUAGAUUAUUGCAUACGAUGAUCGAUUGAAAGAGCCUUGCUCUUCUUGUACAAAUCCACUUCGAGGGAUGAUGAUUGACCGGCAAUGGCAACUUUGCGAGCGCGCGAACGCACCCCGGAUCUCGAAGGCGUUCGUGAAGGACCGCGGGAUAUCCGCACCGUUCCCAUCGUAACCUGAGGACGAUAAAAAAAAUACAGGCGAAAGAAGAACGUCCGUUCUACAUAUUCUGCGGAGCUCUUGAAGGAGGCGAGGAUGAAGUCCGAAAAAAACAACGGAUAUCUACGAACAACUACCGUCGUCACCGAACAGCCGACCGAUCUGUCGGGAUCGGGAUCGAUUGGUCAGGACGGUGCUCCCACUGCGAAUCCUCUUCAGGUGACUUAUGGUCCACGUGGCAGUACUACCACAACCGUUCUUCAGCAUCCGGUCAAGCCGCAAAGGCCAAUCGGUAUAACACGUGCUACCUCAAUUACACGAAGACGAAGCGGGGCAGCGAAUAGACAACGUUUGCUCGGCGUGCUGGCCAUCAUUCUGCUGGCAAUUUGUCUGUUCAUACUUUUGCUGCUGGCGUUAAACACCAGCCGCGAAUGCGUCCAAGAGCCUCAGCCGAACGUUUGUAUGACGGAAGAAUGCGUCCGAACAGCGGCGAGUUUAUUGACAGCGAUGGAUAGUACCGCGGCGCCUUGCGUAGACUUCUUUCAAUAUGCCUGUGGCACGUGGAAUCGAUUGCAUGUGAUACCGGAGGACCGGAGCUCCAUCAGCACCUUCGAGGUACUGGCCGAUCAGCUACAGGUGAUCCUGAAGCGCCUACUCGAAGAGCCGCCUAACGCAGACGACAAUAGCGCAACUCUCAAAGCAAAGAUGUUCUACAGAUCGUGUAUGGACAUCCCUCGCAUACGAGAGAUCGGGGACGCCCCGUUGAAGAAGAUCUUGGAACGUCUCGGUGGCUGGCCGGCAGUGGUGGGAACGUCUUGGAAACCGCCGCUUUAUCCGCUGGAAGUCCUUCUGGGUCGUCUACGCGGCGAGUACAACGAGAACGUGCUGCUGGAACAAUGGGUCGGUCCAGACGAUAAGAAUUCCUCGGCCAACAUCCUCCAGUUUGACCAGAUGCAGUUGGCAUUGCCUAGCAGAGAUUAUUAUUUGAAGGCGAGCAGCGCAGCCGAAUUGGAAGCUUAUCAUAAAUACAUGACGAACGUCGCUAUCUUGCUUGGAGCGAACCCUUCUUCGGCGGCCGCAGAGUUUGAUCAAGUGAUCUCUUUAGAGAAACAGCUUGCCAAUAUUUCAUUACCGGAAGCGGAUAGGCAUGAUACUUCCGCGAUUUACCGGAAAUUAACAUUGCGAGAAUUACAGCAAGAAGUGCCGCAGCUGAAGUGGCUCAUUUAUUUGCGCGAAUUCAUCAGCGUGCCAAUCGACGAAGAUGAACCGGUCGUGACAUAUGCAAUGCCAUAUUUCGUGCAGAUGGGUCGCAUCAUCUCGAAAACGGACCACAGGACUUUACACAACUAUAUUCUGUGGCGACUCGUCAUGUCAAUUAUGCCUCACAUGAUCAACGAGUAUCAGCAGAAACGGAUUGAAUUCCGUAAAAUUCUGUUGGGCAUUCUUAGCGAAAGGAAUAGAUGGUCGCAAUGCGUCGAUUGGACCAACAAGAAACUCGGAAUGGCAGUGGGAGCUCUUUUUAUACGCGACAAUUUUAAUCACGAGAGCAAGGAGACUGCUCUAGAGAUGAUUCGGACGAUUCGCGAGGCUUUUAAUGAAUUGCUGACCGAAAACCAUUGGAUGGACGACGAGACUCGGAUGGUGGCGAAGAAGAAGGCCAACUCGAUGAACGAGCGAAUCGGAUAUCCGGAAUUUUUGAAAGAUCCAGCCGAACUUUCUUUAGAAUACGUGAUGCUAAAUAUAACGGAAAAUCGUUUUCUGGAAAACAUCUUUGCUAUGCUCAAAUAUGACGCUUAUCAUAAUUUGCAAAAGCUACGGAAACCAGUCGACAAAAAUAAAUGGUCGACUGAGCCAGCUGUGGUAAAUGCUUUCUACAAUCCCAACAAAAAUGAUAUAGUAUUCCCUGCGGGGAUUCUACAGCCGCUUUUUUACUCUCAGCACUUCCCCAAGUCUUUAAAUUAUGGCGGAAUUGGGGUAGUGAUCGGUCACGAGAUUACUCAUGGCUUUGAUGAUAAGGGUCGUCAGUUCGACAAGGACGGCAAUAUGAUGCAGUGGUGGAACAAUGCCACUGUCAGGGCGUUUCGCGAAAGGGCGCAAUGCAUCGUGGACCAGUAUUCUAAAUACAAGUUGCAGGAAGUGAAUCUAUAUAUCAAUGGUAGAAUGACUCAAGGGGAAAAUAUCGCCGACAACGGCGGUCUCAAGCAGUCUUUCAGGGCUUACAAGAAGUGGGUUUCUAUCCAUGGCGAAGAACCGUUGCUGCCGGGAGUGAAUCUCACGCACGAUCAGUUAUUCUUCCUCAAUUACGCGCAGAUCUGGUGUGGUUCCAUGAGGCCGGAGGACGCCCUCACGAAAAUCCGCAGCAGCGUGCAUUCACCCGGACCAGUACGGGUGCUGGGUCCCCUGUCAAACAGCGAGGACUUCGCCAAGGCUUUUAAUUGCCCGCUAGGUUCGCCGAUGAAUCCCAAGAAAAAAUGCAGCGUUUGGUAGCUCACGCUCAUUCCGGUGAUAUAUGAAAUAUAUCACUUUGAUGUAUAAUCAAAAUUGCACAAGGAGAUGAGGAUCGUAGAAGCUAAAAAUUCCGAGCCACUCACGGGACCUGAGAGAGCCCGCGUCCUCUGACCGCGCAUUUAGCGUUAAUAAAGAACGUUAAAUUCAAUUAUCUUUGUACAUACAAAUCUUGUAUGAAUUCAAUGAGAUAUUAAUAUCAGACGGAAUGCACGUUGAAAUAUAUUUUAAAAGAAUUUUAAAAAAUUUAGAUUUGCAUUUAAAAAGGAACUUUAUAUUCUUCCGACUCUUUACCUAACGCUAAAUACGUGACAGAUAUGUGGCAAAUAUCAAAUUAUAAACGUAUCAUGCCCGAAAAUUCUAAGAAUCCGCGGAUUCCUUUAUCACCCUUGCAUAGCACGAUACUGCUUGUUUUUGUGUAAUAAGCGAAACGAAAUAAAAGAUGAUGUACGAUUGACAA